AUGAAUCAAGGUCAACGAGAUACGAUUCGGAAAGGUCAAGGGAAGGUCAAUAGAAGGUCACAGGAAUAUCAAGAGGUCACUUGUAGGCUAAGGCUAGGUCAAGAAAGGUCAAUAGGUCACGGGAAUAUUAAGGCAAGGUCAAGGGAAGGUCAAAAAUGUCAAGAGAAGGUCACAGGGUCAAAAAAUGUCAACAUCACAGGAAGGUCAAAAAAUGUCAAGAAAAGGUCACAGGAAGGUCAUGCAAUGGUCACGGGAGGGUCAAAGUCAACUCAAGGGAAGGUCCAAGGAAGUUUUAAAAAAGGUCAAGGGAAGGUCAUUCGGGACCAUAGGAUACGGACCCUCUAUCGCCUCAGCGUCGGCCUUCAUCACCUACGACCCUCACAUCCACACCAUCCACCAAAAACUCCCUCACAUCCACGCAUCACAUCGACCCCCUCCACACCUCACCGACCCCUCACCACACCUCACAGCGCCCUCACCACUCACACCCACAUCACCACAACCACAUCCCCACUCAACCACUACCGCAAACCCACAAUCAACCAUCCCACACUCCUCACGACCCCUCCGAAUUCCAGUGGCACAGGUACUCGCAGUCACCUAUCGAUGCUGACUAGUCUUCGUAUCAGGAUGGGCUACAGGCCGAGUGAGGCUUCCUCCUCUCCUUCCUAUCUUAUCCUCUUCUCCCUCUUCCCCUUGGCACCCCUAUCUGACCGCCCUCCUCGUCGACCUCCUCUGCCCCCAGUGUUGCUGAACCCCUUCAGUAUUCUCGGGAACCCCAGAUGUGACUACGGUGGCAAUGAAGGGGUUUGCUACGGUGAGGUGGAGUGUCUUGCUCUGGCCGGUCAGUAUGGCAACUUCUGCUCGGGUCUCACCGGAUUGUGCUGCCUGUUCCACCGCACGUGUGGCCAGAAGACGUCCCAAGAAGUGUCCUACUUCAAGAACGUCCAGUACCCGCUGGAGGACAGACCACCCGAGGCCUGCUCCUUCGAGGUCGUGACCCGAUCCAAUGACUACUGCGGACUCAAGGUGGAGAUGGAAGAGGCGGACUUCCCUCAGACUCACACCGGGGAGUGUGACGGAACCUUCUUCAGCGUGACAGGAAUUCAUGGCGACCAACUGCCUCCGAAGUGCGGCCGACUCACCGGGAGCUCGUACUCCUACAAGACCGAGAACCUGGAGAGGGUUUUCAUUCACGUCAACUCCUCUCGGAACCGCAACACUCUCUGGAAGAUGAAGGUGACGCAGGUUCUGUGCAAGGACUUUGUGGGAGAGGACUUCGGGAGCAGCGGAGGAGUAGGAGGAGGAGGAGGAUCUCUCGUCGUCACGCCCCCUGCUCCUGCGCCACAGCCCGCGGGAAGACGCCUCCCGGACUACUCGGUGAAGGGACCCCGCCGCCGCAAGAACCCCGACCGACGCCGCCCAUUGAGACGCCCCGGCAGCACAGACACCAAGACCGACCGCCGGGGCCAGGUGUCCGGGACAAGGCCCUCGAACAUCAUCGACAACAAUGACUGGGGCGUCCCGGUCCUCAACGACACGCUCUUUGCCCACUACGCGGGAGAACCGAGCGCCUUCUCGUACCGCAUCACCUUCGGCCAGGUCUCCGGGCUGAGGGAGUUCCCGUGGCAGGUCGCUAUGGAGGUCAACGGAAGGUUCCACUGUGGAGGAAGUGUCAUCGGAGAGUACUGGGUCCUGACGGCGGCUCACUGCGUCAAGAGCUACGAGAACACGCCCCAGGCCAUCAAGCUGUUCAUCGGAGACUGGGACUUGGGGACUGUGAACGAUGGCCCGAGUAUCACCGCCUCCGUCUCGAGGGUGAACGUGCACCCCUUGUACUCGAAGCCCGCCCUCCAGAACGACAUCGCCGUCCUCAGACUCAGUUCGAGGCUCAAUUAUAAUGAGAGGAUUCGGCCCAUCUGUUUGCCUACUUCAGAUAUGAACGUCCAGGACCAGCUGGCUACGGUGAGCGGGUGGGGCCGCGACGAGGACUUCCAGCUCCAGAAGCAGCUGCACCACCUGUCGGCCCGCGUCGUCGCCAACAGCAAGUGCGACGACAGCUGGAACCGCAACGGCGCCGCCAGAGGUCUCAUUGUGGACUCGAUGAUGUGCAUGGACGCCACCAACGGCGACUCGUGCAAUGGCGACAGCGGCGGCCCCAGCAUCGUGGUCCCCCAAGGCUCCGGCAAGUGGGUGCAGGUGGGCGUCGUGUCCUUCGGCUCCGGGACCUGCACCGAGGCGUCCCUGCCCGGCGUCUACACCCGCGUGGCCUACUACAGGGACUGGAUCCGUCAGCAGAUGAACUAAGGGCCUGACGACCAGACAGCCUGUGCCUCUCGCGGCGCCGACGCUGACGGAACUCUUCUAUUUAUUAUUCCUCUAGCUGUGUUGAUGUGCACGUAUGUGUAUAUAUAUGUAUAUAUAUAUGUA